GGGUGUUGACAUGUGUCACUUGGUCAGCUGAUUGCGGCUCUUAAAGCUUCUUGGCUAAGCACCGCUAGCCAGCUUAGUUAGCGUUAGCCUAGCUGGAUGUUUGUAGUUUUUUGUUAACGUUACUACAUGAACAGCUUCUAACGUUGCACGGAACUGUAUUUAAAAAAAAAAAAAAAAAAAUCGUGUAAUUUCACCACAUUUUAAAAUUGUCCUCCGUGUAUCUGCAUUGCAGCCCCGGUGCUGCUGAUGGAAUUCAAACAACACACAACAAUGGCGACUCCCUGUCCGAACAACUCGACAACAAGCAGCCACAGCAGCAGCAGCAGCAGCAGCAGCGGCAACAACGCAGGAUCUCACAUCACCACGAUGAGCAGCAUGCAGGAGUCCAACACCUGCUGGAGAUGUCAGAGUGAAACAGGCUUUCAGAUAAACCUGUCUGGAGCUCCCCCAAGUAAACGCAAAGCGCUGAAGCUGAACUUCGCCAACCCUCCAAUCAAACCCACGACUAGAUUCACACUGAACACGGCCGGGCCGCCCUUUCAAAACCCGCACAUAGAGAGGAUGAGGACACACAGCAUCGAGUCGUCGGGAAAGCUGAAGAUCUCCCCGGAGCAGCACUGGGACUUCACCGCCGAGGACCUCAAGGACCUGGGCGAGAUCGGCCGAGGGGCCUACGGCUCCGUCAACAAGAUGGUGCACAAGCCCAGUAACCAGAUCAUGGCGGUCAAGAGAAUCCGGUCCACGGUUGACGAGAAGGAGCAGAAGCAGCUGCUGAUGGACCUGGACGUGGUGAUGAGGAGCAGCGACUGUCCGUACAUCGUGCAGUUUUACGGCGCUUUGUUCAGAGAGGGCGACUGUUGGAUUUGUAUGGAACUUAUGGCUACCUCGUUAGACAAAUUUUACAAGUUUGUAUAUUGCUCAUUAGACGACGUGAUUCCAGAGGAAAUAUUAGGGAAAAUAACAUUAGCGACUGUGAAGGCACUUAACCACUUAAAAGAAAACUUGAAAAUAAUCCACAGGGACAUUAAGCCGUCAAACAUCCUCCUGGACAGGAACGGCAACAUCAAGCUGUGCGACUUCGGCAUCAGCGGACAGCUGGUGGACUCCAUCGCCAAGACCAGAGAUGCAGGCUGCAGGCCGUACAUGGCAGUAAGUACACUGAGCUUAUAGCCAGGCGGCUACCUCCGGUUCUGUUGAGUGAAGUCAAAGCUUCAUGUGUUAAAGCUGCAUUCUCUCUAGUGUCCAGCAGGGGGCGACUCCUCUGGU